AUGGUCCGGCACAGCAACCUGAUUAGGAUAAUUAGCACUUGUUCAAACUUAGAGUUCAGAGCCUUGCUGCUUCAGUACAUGCCCAAUGAUAGCUUGGACUCAUACUUGCAUUCUCAAAACUGCCCUCCACUAGGAUUCCUCAAGAGAUUGGACAUUAUGCUUGACAUGUCAAUGGCAAUGGAGCAUCUGCACUACCAUCACGGUGAGGUUAUCCUGCACUAUGACCUGAAGCCUAGCAAUGUUCUGUUUGAUGAAGAGAUGACGGCGCAUGUUGUGGACUUCGGAAUUGCAAAGAUAUUGUUAGGUGACGACAGCUCCGCUGUUUCAGCAAGCAUGCCUGGCACAAUAGGAUACAUGGCUCCAGAAUAUGCAUUCAUGGGAAAAGCAUCGAGGAAGAGUGACGUGUUCAGCUUCGGCAUCAUGCUGCUUGAAGUCUUCACUGGUAGAAGGCCCACAGAUCCCAUGUUUGUUGGAGCAAUGAGCCUUAGGCAGUGGGUUCUUGAAGCACUUCCAGCGAGACAUGCAGAUGUUGUGGAUGACAGGCAACUCCGAGGUGAAAUAGUAAUACAACAAGGUGAUCUCGAGACCAACAAGACGGCUUCCUUGGAAAGUGAAAUGGCUCUUUUGUCAUUGCUUGAGCUUGGCCUAGCGUGUUGCAGUGAAUUGCCUGUGCAGAGGACUGAAAUGAAUGAUGUUGUCACAAAGCUGAAGAGCAUCAGGAACGAUUACUCCACUUGA